UCUCUCCUCCCUCUCGUCGCUCUUUUCCUCCCUCCCUCUCUCUCUGCCGGCCUCAUCGGAGAGAGUUGCAGUUCCUUCUGGGCCUGUGUGGACUAGGGGCACAACGCGACGCCUGACUGGCAGGAGGGGAAAGCGGAGACUCCUUCAGGUUUCCAAAGAGGUCCGAGUGGACAGCAUUAGGAAAUCUUGAAGAGUCUUACACUUUUAAUCCUCCAGUCAUUAACUGUGCUAUGAGGACAUUCUGGUGAGGCGGUGGGAGUAAAAAGCAACUUUUUUCCUCACCGUUUACAACCCAGUUAAGAAUUUGACUGACAGAAUGUUGGCACCAGCUGUGGCAGAACUGAUCAGCCUCAACUCCAAAUCUCUGUCCUGAGACAAAACAACAGGAUGUGCCUUGGAGAAGAAUCUCAGGAUAGAGUUGUUUUGAUUGUGUUCCAAACCUGCAAGCUCAGGGAGUUGGAAUUCACAAAGUUGAGGUGAGAAAUUCAGUGGACAGCAGAAAAAUCUACAAAGGUUCAAAGCUCUGAAAAUACUUCAUCUGAAAUUUCAGACUGGACAGACUCGCAGUGGCUUCUAAGCCAGUGAGAACAAGGUGGCCAAAGCAUGCUGGUGCCAAGCUGUCGGACGAUGCACGUAGUCAGGCCAGUGGUGGUGCUCCUGUGCUUGCUGCUCUGCGCUGAUGCUGAAACGCCACCAAAGUUUACAAGAACUCCUGUUGACCAGACAGGGGUUUCAGGAGGAGUUGCCUCAUUUAUCUGUCAAGCCACAGGAGAUCCAAGACCUAAAAUUGUCUGGAACAAAAAAGGAAAAAAAGUCAGCAAUCAGAGAUUUGAGGUAAUAGAGUUUGAUGAUGGAUCUGGAUCAGUUCUCAGAAUACAACCACUGCGCACACCCCGAGAUGAAGCUAUUUAUGAAUGUGUGGCUUCCAACAGUGUUGGCGAAAUAAGUGUGUCCACGAGACUCACUGUUUUACGUGAGGAUCAAAUUCCUCGAGGUUUUCCAACCAUUGAUAUGGGCCCACAGCUGAAGGUGGUUGAACGAACUCGUACAGCUACCAUGCUAUGUGCAGCCAGUGGCAAUCCUGAUCCUGAAAUAACUUGGUUCAAAGAUUUCUUACCUGUUGACACAAGCAACAACAAUGGCCGCAUCAAGCAGCUACGCUCAGAAUCUAUUGGUGGUACACCAAUAAGAGGUGCCCUCCAAAUUGAACUGAGUGAAGAAUCUGACCAAGGCAAAUAUGAGUGUGUUGCAACCAACAGUGCGGGUACACGCUAUUCUGCCCCUGCCAAUCUAUAUGUCAGAGAGCUGCGAGAAGUUCGACGGGUUCCACCGAGAUUCUCUAUACCCCCAACAAAUCAUGAGAUCAUGCCUGGAGGGAGUGUAAAUAUCACCUGUGUUGCGGUGGGAUCACCAAUGCCAUAUGUGAAAUGGAUGCUAGGAGCAGAAGAUUUGACACCUGAGGAUGAUAUGCCAAUAGGGAGAAACGUCCUUGAGCUAAAUGAUGUCAGACAAUCUGCAAACUAUACUUGCGUUGCUAUGUCUACCCUUGGUGUUAUAGAAGCAAUAGCGCAGAUAACUGUCAAAGCCUUACCCAAACCUCCUGGAACACCUGUGGUGACAGAAAGCACAGCAACUAGCAUAACAUUGACUUGGGAUUCUGGAAACCCUGAGCCAGUUUCGUACUACAUAAUCCAACACAAACCCAAAAACUCAGAGGAGCCAUAUAAAGAAAUUGAUGGGGUGGCCACAACACGUUACAGCGUGGCUGGCCUAAGCCCGUAUUCCGAGUAUGAAUUUCGGGUUGUUGCUGUAAAUAACAUUGGGCGAGGGCCACCCAGCGAGCCUGUGUCUACGAGGACUUCAGAACAAGCACCUUCAAGUGCACCACGCAAUGUACAGGCCCGUAUGCUGAGCUCCACCACCAUUCUGGUACAGUGGGAAGAACCUGAGGAACCUAAUGGGCAAAUACAAGGUUACAGAGUUUAUUACACCAUGGACCCCACUCAACAUGUCAACAGCUGGAUGAAGCACAACGUGGCUGACAGCCAUAUUACCACUAUUGGGAAUCUUGUACCCCAGAAAACAUACUCUGUGAAGGUUCUUGCUUUUACUUCCGUUGGGGAUGGACCACUUUCUAGUGACAUUCAAGUCAUCACUCAAACAGGAGUGCCUGGUCAACCACUGAACUUCAAAGCAGAACCUGAGUCUGAAACGAGCAUACUGCUUUCCUGGACACCUCCACGGUCUGAUACCAUUUCCAGCUACGAACUGGUUUACAAAGAUGGGGAGCAUGGGGAGGAACAACGGGUUUCCACUGAACCUACUACAUCGUAUCGUCUGCAAGGCUUAAGGCCAAACAGCCUGUACUUGUUCCGCCUAGCUGCACGGUCUCCUCAAGGCCUGGGUGCCUCAACAGCAGAAAUCUCAGCCAGAACCAUGCAGUCAAAGCCAUCAGCUCCUCCUCAAGACAUUAGUUGCACAAGCCCCAGCUCCACUAGCAUUUUGGUAAGUUGGAAACCUCCACCGGUGGAAAAACAGAAUGGCAUUAUCACUGCAUACUCCAUCAAGUACAUUGGAAUUGAUGGAGAAGAUGUCAAGCCCCAUGAAAUUUUGGGAAUUUCCUCGGACAGUACCCAGUACCUUUUGGAACAGCUGGAAAAGUGGACUGAGUACCGGAUCUCUGUGACUGCUCACACUGAUGUUGGACCUGGGCCAGAGAGCUUAGCAGUAUUGAUUCGGACAGAUGAAGAUGUUCCUAGUGGUCCUCCUCGCAAAGUCGAGGUAGAGGCUGUCAACUCUACUGCUGUUAAAGUGUCCUGGCGCUCGCCUGUGCCCAAUAAGCAGCACGGUCAGAUACGAGGGUACCAGGUCCACUACGUGAGGAUGGAGAACGGAGAGCCAAAGGGUCAGCCCAUGCUAAAAGACAUCAUGCUGGCGGAUGCACAGUGGGAAUAUGAUGAUACUACUGAACAUGAAAUGAUAAUUUCUGGGCUUCAACCUGAAACCACAUACUCUUUCACUGUGACAGCCUAUACAACUAAAGGUGACGGAGCACGCAGCAAACCCAAACUUGUAUCUACUACUGGUGCAGUUCCAGGUAAACCUCGACUUGUGAUUAGCCACACACAGAUGAACACGGCUCUAAUUCAGUGGCAUCCUCCAGUGGAAACUUUUGGCCCGCUGCAGGGUUAUCGCCUGAAGUUUGGUCGCAAAGACAUGGAUACAUUAACUACCAUGGAGUUCUCAGAGAAGGAAGAUCACUUCACAGCGACAGACAUUCACAAAGGAGCUUCUUAUGUCUUCAGGCUCUCAGCUAGAAAUAAAGUGGGCUAUGGGGAGGAGAUGGUUAAAGAGAUUUCUGUUCCUGAAGAGGUACCCAGUGGAUUUCCCCAAAAUCUCCACUCAGAAAGCUCUACUUCUACAUCAGUUCAAUUAACUUGGCAGAUGCCACUCUUGGCAGAAAGAAAUGGCAUUAUCACCAAAUAUACCAUCUUGUACAGAGAUAUCAAUGUUGCUUACCAGCCAGUUGAACUCCCUGUUGUUCCUGCUGAUACCACUAUGACACUUUCUGGCUUAAAACCAGAUACCACUUAUGAUGUUAAAGUACGUGCCCACACAAGCAAAGGGCCUGGUCCAUAUAGUCCAAGUGUCCAGUUCAGGACACUACCCGUGGAUCAAGCAGUGUUUGCAAAAAAUUUUCAUGUUAAAGCAGUAAUGAAGACUUCUGUUUUGCUGUCCUGGGAAAUUCCAGAAAACUACAAUUCAGCUUUGCCUUUCAAAAUCCUUUAUGAUGAUGGCAAAAUGGAGGUUGAUGGACGUGCUACCCAAAAGCUGAUCACAAACUUGAAGCCAGAGACGUUGUAUUCAUUUGUCCUGACAAACAGAGGGAAUAGUGCUGGGGGUCUUCAGCACAGAGUAACCGCAAAGACUGCACCGGACGUGCUUCGCACAAAGCCAGUCUUCAUUGGAAAGACCAACUUAGAUGGCAUGAUAACUGUGGAACUUCCAGAAGUACCCUCAAAUGAGAAUAUAAAAGGCUAUUACAUAGUUAUUGUGCCUUUGAAGAGGUCGCGUGGAAAGUUUAUCAAACCAUGGGAGAGUCCAGAUGAAAUGGAAUUAGAUGAGCUGCUUAAGGAGAUAGCCAGGAAACGCAGAAGCAUUCGUCUUGGAAGGGAAGUUGAAUUAAAGCCAUAUAUUGCAGCUCACUUUGAAGUUCUUCCUACGGAAUUCACAUUGGGGGAUAAGAAGCAUUAUGGUGGAUUUGAGAAUAAGCAACUGCAGAGUGGUCAAGAAUACGUCUUCUUUGUGUUGGCUGUAAUGGAGCACUCAGAAUCUACGAUGUAUGCAACAAGCCCAUAUUCAGAUCCUGUUGUGUCAAUGGAUCUUGAUCCCCAACCAAUUACAGAUGAGGAGGAAGGCUUGAUUUGGGUUGUUGGACCAGUUCUUGCAGUGGUGUUCAUCAUCUGUAUUGUUAUUGCUAUACUUCUUUAUAAAAGCAGUAAACCUGACAGGAAGAGGGCUGAAUCUGAUUCUAGAAAGAGCAGCAUACCCAACAGCAAGGAGGUCCCCUCUCACCAUCCCACAGAUCCAGUGGAGCUGCGACGCCUUAACUUUCAAACUCCGGCUUUGAGCAGUAAUUCAGUCCCCUACGCCUCCCUGAUUGGCUCUGUGUCCUCCCUCUCUAGCCAAACUACCACUCAGUCCUUAUAUGAUAAUAACUCUCUCCCACGAUUCGCUCGAAAAGGUAUGGCCAGUCAUCCCCCAAUACCUAUCUUGGAACUUGCAGAUCACAUUGAAAGAUUGAAAGCAAAUGACAAUUUGAAGUUCUCACAGGAGUAUGAGUCUAUUGAUCCUGGUCAGCAGUUCACAUGGGAACACUCUAACCUGGAAGUAAACAAACCAAAGAAUAGAUAUGCGAAUGUAAUUGCAUACGACCAUUCUCGUGUUCUUCUCUCAGCAAUAGAAGGCAUACCAGGCAGCGACUAUAUCAAUGCUAAUUACAUAGAUGGGUACAGGAAGCAGAAUGCUUAUAUAGCAACACAGGGGGCAUUGCCAGAAACCUUUGGUGACUUCUGGAGAAUGAUGUGGGAACAACAAGGUGCAACAGUCGUCAUGAUGACAAAACUAGAGGAGAGAUCCAGGGUGAAGUGUGAUCAAUACUGGCCAAGCAGAGGCACAGAAACUUAUGGACUAAUCCAAGUGACCCUUUUAGACACUGUUGAAUUGGCAACAUACUGUGUUCGUACAUUUGCACUUCACAAGAAUGGCUCAAGUGAGAAAAGGGAAGUGAGGCAAUUCCAGUUCACUGCCUGGCCUGACCAUGGUGUCCCAGAACACCCAACACCAUUCUUAGCUUUCCUGCGACGAGUCAAGACUUGCAACCCACCUGAUGCCGGACCUAUGGUUGUGCAUUGCAGUGCUGGAGUCGGCAGGACUGGCUGUUUCAUUGUGAUAGAUGCCAUGUUAGAGAGAAUAAAGCAUGAAAAGACUGUAGAUAUUUAUGGCCACGUAACUCUAAUGAGAGCACAGAGGAAUUACAUGGUUCAAACUGAGGACCAAUACAUCUUUAUCCAUGAUGCACUGCUGGAAGCAGUGACAUGUGGAAAUACCGAAGUGCCAGCCAGAAACCUGUAUGCAUAUAUCCAGAAGCUGACACAGAUAGAAACAGGAGAGAAUGUCACAGGAAUGGAACUGGAAUUUAAGCGUCUUGCUAGCUCUAAGGCUCACACUUCAAGAUUCAUCAGUGCCAAUCUUCCAUGUAAUAAAUUCAAAAAUCGCCUUGUCAAUAUUAUGCCAUAUGAAUCCACAAGGGUAUGCUUGCAGCCUAUCCGAGGAGUAGAAGGCUCUGAUUAUAUUAAUGCCAGUUUCAUUGAUGGAUACAGACAACAAAAAGCUUACAUAGCUACACAGGGUCCUUUAGCAGAAACAACUGAAGACUUCUGGAGAAUGCUCUGGGAGCAUAACUCUACAAUUGUGGUCAUGCUCACUAAGCUACGAGAAAUGGGCAGAGAAAAAUGCCAUCAGUACUGGCCUGCGGAGCGCUCAGCCAGAUAUCAGUAUUUUGUGGUAGAUCCAAUGGCAGAGUACAACAUGCCACAGUAUAUUCUGAGGGAAUUCAAGGUUACAGAUGCAAGGGAUGGUCAGUCCCGAACAGUGAGGCAGUUCCAGUUCACUGACUGGCCAGAACAAGGAGUGCCAAAGUCCGGAGAAGGAUUUAUUGAUUUCAUAGGCCAAGUGCAUAAAACAAAAGAGCAAUUUGGUCAGGAUGGACCAAUUUCUGUUCAUUGCAGUGCGGGUGUUGGAAGAACUGGAGUAUUCAUAACCCUGAGCAUUGUGUUAGAAAGAAUGAGAUAUGAAGGUGUUGUAGACAUCUUCCAGACUGUCAAAAUGUUAAGGACACAGCGGCCAGCCAUGGUACAGACAGAGGAUCAAUACCAGUUCUGCUAUCGAGCCGCACUGGAGUAUCUGGGCAGCUUUGAUCACUAUGCAACAUAAAAACCCAUUGUGGAUUUUUAUUGCAGGCCCUUUAAGAUCCAGAGAGCCGCUUCUGAGCCAUACAAUGUGCUUUAGAAGUACUUCUUAACUCUUAGCUAAGGAGCAAUUAUUGGGGAUAUAUAAAAUAAAAAAUAAUAAAAAAAGAAACAGAUGAACAAAAUAUUGGGGAUAUAUAAAACAGAAAAACAACAAAAAAAAACCCCACCCAACAAGAAGUAUUCCAUGUGGACCAAGAAUUCACAGUUUAAUAACCUAACCAUAAUAAAAGAAUCCUGACCACUGAGGCGUCUGAAAGAUUUCGUUUACAGAUACCUCAAGGGUUCGACAUUGGUUGAAGUUAAAGGGAAGAGGAAAUUUAAUCAGAAAGAGUGAUCAUCUUAUUCAGGAUGACAUGAUUUUGCAAGGAGGAGUUUUGAGAACUGCAGUUCAGUGCAAGAUGUUUGUUGCAAGGUUGGGUUCCGGCUUCUCAAAAAAAGCGGACUCUUUACUUCAACAUCACUGUUUCCCAUCCUACUGCUCAUCAUAACACUUAAGGGAAAAUGUGGGAAUGUUUAAAAAGAAAGUCCUUGAUUUAGUUUUUUAGUAUUGUAAAGAUACUGCUGACCUGUGCUUCAUUUUUAACUGUGUAAACUUUUUCCUUUUUUUAACAAGAAUCUAUCAUUCGAUUAAGAGAAUUAAAGAAAAGGUUGCAUAACUGUUAAUAUUUUUGUUUAAAAAUGUAGAUUUUUUUUAAGCUGUAGAACUGUUAUCUGUAAUAUUGUGCUGUAGAAAUGUUAGAUCCUUUGAAAAUUUGCACAUUUUUGUGCAGUCCUACAGUACCACAGUCUUGUUAGAUACGAAUUUUCUAGUUUUAUUUGGUUUGGUUUUUUUUCCUUUAAGAAAAUAUUCAUUGUAAUCAGUUAAAUCAAAAUGGGGCUUUUGGUUUAUUUUGGAAUCAACAGGGAGGCGCAAAGUAUAAAGAUGCUGCUAGCACAUACACACACACGCACACAUAUGCACAUGCACACUCACACCCUCUCUUUUAUAUAUAUAUAUAUAUGUAUUACUGUCUACCCUUUUUUGACUCUGUAUAGUUGCAGAGAAUACAGAUGGAUUCAGAUACAGAUUUUCACACAUGCACAUAAACAUAUCAGUCUUUAUGUACCUGGAUUUAUGAAAGCAUUGGGAAAGUUUUUCCACAUACUACAAUUAUAUCAGACUACAAUUUGAUCAUCUCUGUAUUUUUAAGGUCCAUAAACUUCUGUUUCAAAGGGAAGUGAGGAAUGCACAUCAUUGAUAUUUGAAUGCCAUCUCUAUCCCAAAUAAUAUUUCUAUCCACAUUUCCACUUGAACACACACACCUGCACACAUCAGAGAAAACACAUGCACACACGCACACACAGUAUGUGAUUUAGGCUUCAAGUGAAGUUCAAUAUUUGUAACACUAUAGUGCAAUAAGAAACCAUAUUAUUAAAUGUAGGAGGUGUGCAUGUGGGAAAGGUCAGUGCAUAUCCCUUUAGGAGGGGAGAAUGUUGUAAUAUACUAGGUAUUAAGAUGUUUUAAAAUUGUAUUAAAUAGUAUACUGUCUAUAGUGUGCGCUAUAUAAUUUACAUUUAUCAUAUGAACAGGGCAAAGCCAAACACACAUUGCUCUGUGAAAUCAAAUGUUUUGUGGCAUACAGCAUUGUUUGGGGAUGCUGGGGUUUAUUUUAAUUUUACAUUUAGAGUGCCUUAUAUUUGAUGCCUAUUUUGAAUAGUAUUUCUUUCAGUUAGCCUUCAUUUGUAUUUAGUUUAGUUUGUUUAUAUCUCUGUUGUUCUUUUUUCAAACAUUUUAAUACAUGUACCAGACAUUUUGAAAAAUAUGCAUUUCCAGUUUCUAAUCAAGUAUGGAUGGUAAUAAAUGAUAACCCAAAACACAUAGGUAGUCAAGGCCCUUUAUCCUUCUACAUUUCUAAUAACAGAAUAUCCCACAAAUUAGAAAUCUGUUUCUGGUUGGCUUUUCAAACCCACUUUGUCACUGGUUGUAGUGUUAUCUGUCAUUGCCGAGCUGUAGCAGCACAGUAGCAGUAGUUGGCAUCAGCAGUGCUUAUGCUUUUUUUUUUUUUUCUUUUGUUUUUUCUUUUUUCUUUUCAAAUUUAUUUUGGGCCAAGUCCUGCUCAUUCACUUGUGUCAACAGAUUGCUAAAAUCAAACCCUUGCUUUCAGUGGGAAGGUUCAUGUAAGGCUAGCAAGACUGAGCCCACAUGACAUAUUGGAGAUUGACAGAUUUUAUUCCAGGAAAAAGGAAAAUUCUCUAAACAGCACAAAAUACUUUUUGAGACCCUUUCUAGAAUGCCAUUUACAUUGACCUUGGUCACCAUGUGUUCUGCCAUUGUUAGUACAUCAGCAUCAAAAGAUGCUUUAUUUGGGGUUUCAAAUAGGAGUAUUGCUGUGGCUUCUCCAUGUGGCCUCAAAAUUUUUAGUUCUUCUUCCAAUUUACCCACUCCUAUGAGAAAUAAAAAUAAGAAAGACCAAACUCCAGCAAUUGUAUUUGAGCACUUUUGUAAUGAAAAAAAACCCAAACCAAAAAAAUCAAAACAGAAAUAUAUAUAUAUAUAUAUAUAUAUAUAUAUAUAUAUAUAUAUAUAUAUAUAUAUAUAUAUAUAUAUAUGGAAUAGAAGUAUUAUAGAAGGCUACCUCAGAAUGAGAUUCUAUAACUUACAUCUGAACCAGAGAAGAAUGUGCACUAUGUUUCUUUCUCUUCUUCUUUCUUGAUCUAUAUGUUGAAAUAGUUAUUGAAAUGCCAGGUUAUGUUGUGUGGUCAUGUUCUUCAACUCAAAUAUAGGAAUUCAGAAAUACAAAAUAACAUGUGAUUUUGAAAACAUAGACUAAGGAAGGUUCCUGCACACUGGAUCUUUACAAAGAUCAGUGCAUUUUCCCUAGCAGACUGCCUUGCAAGCUCCAACAAAAAUAAGAGAGUAAAAGAAAUACAAAAAAAGCAGAGCCAAUUUAUGAGAAAAACUGUUGUACAACUGAAUUCUCCUUUCAGCUUUUUUGUUUCUUACGAUAGCUCUUAGCAUCAUUGAUGUGCAUUCCACUUUCUGUAUAAUACAUGCAUUCUACAGUUAAUUUAAAUUGUGAGCAUCUUUGUCUACAUACAUUAUACAUUUCCAAGCUUAAAAUUGGUUUCAUCAGCAUAACCAGUACGGUGCUAUUAUUUACGUCUGUAUGUGUAGUUAUGUCUAAUUUUGUAAUUAGUUGCAAUGGGAAAAAAAUCACAAAAUAUAUUAAAAAUGAUUUAUAAAAAAAGUUUAAUUUAGCUCUUUUUAAAAAAUUUAUUUGAGUGGUUAGAUAGCGGAGAAGAUGGCUGGGGGAAGGAGUGACCUUCUAAGGAGAUUUGCACUUUCUAUAUAUACCUUUGUACUAUGCACUGCCCUAUUGAUUCUACACCCAAUAUUAACUUGAACCCAUCUGUAGGAAAUUACUUACAAAAUCCACUUGUAUGUAUUUAAAAGACACAGAACAUGUAAAAAGGAAAAAAAAAAAAGCAACUGCUUUUUUUGUUUCCUUUUAUUCUUUCCCAUUUUUCUUUAUGUUUAUUUUUCUUUUUUUUUUUCUUUUUUCUUUUUUUUUUUUUUUUAUCCCCUUGGUGCCCUGAUACUCCACAGAUAUCAGAAGGCUGCAGUUCUCAUUAUAACCAUCCAUUAUGUGGCUUUGCCAUUCAAGCUUGGAGUGUCUUUACAAAGAUAAUAAAAAACUUGUGUUCUUUGCUCUUGUUUUGGAUGCAUAGACUGAAAAACUUUAAAAAAUUACCUUGUAAAAUGGCUUGUUAAAAAAGAUACAAUUACCUCUAAUUAGUAGUACGCGUAAAUGUUUUACAGAAUGAAAGGCGUGCUUUUUAUUUUCUUACUUCGUUACAUUGGUGGCAAAAGGAAGUCUGUAUGAAAAUCAGUUCUUUGCUGACACAAGUUCCAUUUGUUACAGAUGAAUUCUAAUAAAAUGUCAGUGUUAUGCA